UUUGCUCCCUCCCUUCUCUAUCUCUCCACCCCUCGUCUUUCCUCUUUCUUUCCUCUCCUUUUCUCUCCCCUAGCUCAUUCUCCAAUCGUCACUCUUCACCCCACCCAUCCUGUUCUCUUUUUCCCCUCCUCUCUAUCUGAUUAAAUGAGAUGGGAGUGUGGGAGUGGUGGUUUUGAAGCUCUCCCUUUAAGAGGCAGCCUGCAGUGACGAAUUCUUGAAAUUGCCCUUGCAGGAUGGCAUUCCACUAUAAAUUCAUUGUUCGACCUCCUCUCAUCUUCACAUUUCUCUCUUCUCUCCUUGCUUGUAUCGACCAACUGGGGAUAACAACAAAAAUGAAAAUACAGAGCCACGGGGGAUAAAGUGAGGACAUCUUGCCAUCUCACCAAAAGCGAUCUGAGUUUUCCUCAGUCACCUCAGGUUCUCAAGAGAUCAAAUGGAUCCAACAAAUUAAAAAGAAAGAACUGCUGGAGCUUAGUUCAGAAAGUGAUCAUUCUUGUCAUCGAUGAUCCAGAUCGGAAAAGAGAUAGGGGAAGAGAGAAAAGGCUGAAAAGUUGUCUUUAAUCUGAAUCUUAUUUCUUGCUGUGCAGCUGUUUGCUGUGUAUGGCUUUGGGAUUUUAUGCUUUCUCUACUUUUUUUACUUAUGCUGAUUCUCCUCUUCCAGCUUUUCCUUAGCCAGAAUACAAACUUUUUUUUUUUUUUUUAAGAAACUGGCAAAGAAAAGUUACACAUUAGGACCUCAGCUUUGGCCAUCCUUACGCUUUGUUGACAGCAUUUUCUGAUUCCCUCCUUACACUUCAUUCAACAUUGCAGACAACACAUACGCACACAUACAUAUGUAUAUGUUAAAUAUACAUGUAUGUAUGUAUAGAAAGAUGUAGAUAUAAUAUAUGUGUAUAGAUGUUUAUUUUAAUCCAUGGUAAUUUGCAUUACUGCUUAUUUUAAAAACCAAAAAUCUUCCUCUCCUUCCAAUUGUUUUUCUCCCUUCUUCAUCAAUUCCGACUCACUGAGAGAGCAAUAUGGUCUUGAAGUUGGUUUCUUUGCUCCUGUUGGCUUUCGAAUUGCACUUUGCUUCUGCUGGAGUCCGAGCUCCGCCAGCAACCAAACACAGUCAAAUCCAUCAACUUUUACCAAUUGCAGUAGAGACAGCAGAAGCUCAUCUUCACUACCAACAGCAGGAGUUGCCGCAGGAGCAAGAACAGCAAAAGUCCCCUCAGCAGCCCCCCUACAUUCCCCCUAUUAACCGCAAGACUAGAGGUCUAGUGCAAAACAUUGACCAACUUUACUCUGGAGGAGGUAAAGUGGGAUACCUCUUAUAUGUAGAGGGCAAAAAAUUUCUCUUAGAUUUGGAGCAAGAUGGACCAGUGGGCUUCCCGGAGUUUUUGCAUCCUGAUUCUGACCAAAGCAGUCAUCAGGGAACAUUGCCUCCAUCUCAGCGCUACCAGGAUCAUUGCUUCUACCGAGGCACUGUGGACGGGAGUUCUAGCUCCCUGGCCCUCUUUAACCUCUGUGGGGGGAUGAAGGGCUUCUUCGCUGUUAAACAUACUCGUUAUACCAUAAAGCCGUUGUUCUUGGGGAAGAGAGAGGCUGAAGAGGGGAGGCUGUUUGGGGACCGCUCUCUUCGCUUGCUGCACGUUUUCGUCAGAGAACGCUUCAGUUUCAAAACACUGAAGGUUCGCAGCAAUUGCGAGACCCCUAGCUCUCCCAGGACAGGACACAGACAACCAGAACCACUCCAUACACGGUAUAAUUUAACAUCCCAGAUCAUGCCUUCUCCGCAGCCCUUUGCAGCAUCAGCUUCCGAACCACAGAAGGGUUGGAGACGUCAGCGGCGCUCCAUCUCCAGGGCUAGGCAGGUGGAGCUGCUGCUUGUGGCGGAUGUAUCUAUGGCCAAGAAGUAUGGCCGGGACUUGCACCAUUACCUGUUGACUUUGGCUUCCAUCGCUUCCCGGCUUUACAGUCACCCAAGCAUUGAGAACCACAUCCGCCUAGUGGUGGUGAAGGUAGUGGUGCUGGAUGACAAGGAGAAAGGGUUGGAGAUAAACAAGAACGCGGCUACUACUCUCAAGAACUUUUGCAAGUGGCAACACCAACACAACCAAUUGGGAGAUGAUCAUGAGGAGCAUUAUGAUGCAGCUAUUCUCUUCACCCGGGAGGAUUUAUGUGGACAUCAUUCAUGUGAUACUCUUGGAAUGGCAGAUGUUGGAACCAUAUGCUCUCCUGAACGCAGCUGUGCAGUGAUUGAGGAUGAUGGCCUCCAUGCAGCUUUUACAGUUGCUCAUGAAAUUGGCCAUCUACUUGGACUAUCUCAUGAUGAUUCUAAAUUCUGUGAAGACAAUUAUGGUUCCAUGGAAGAUAAACGCUUAAUGUCUUCUAUUCUAACUAGUAUUGAUGCUUCCAAACCCUGGUCCAAAUGUACUUCAGCAACCAUUACAGAAUUCUUGGAUGAUGGUCAUGGUAACUGUUUGCUGGACUUACCAAGAAAGCAGAUCCUGGGCCCUGAAGAGCUCCCAGGACAGACAUAUGAUGCUAUCCAUCAAUGCAAGCUGGCAUUUGGGCCUGAGUACACAGUAUGUCCUGGCAUGGAUGUCUGUGUUCGCCUGUGGUGUGCAGUUGUUCGACAGGGCCAAAUGGUGUGUCUGACCAAGAAGCUUCCAGCUGUGGAGGGGACGCCAUGUGGGAAAGGAAGGAUUUGCCUUCAGGGCAAGUGCGUCGACAAAACCAAGAAAAAAUAUUAUUUGACAUCAAACCAUGGCAAUUGGGGUUCUUGGGGUUCCUGGGGACAAUGUUCCCGUUCAUGUGGGGGAGGAGUUCAGUUUGCCUUUCGCCAUUGUAAUAACCCAGCACCUAGAAACAAUGGCCGAUAUUGCACUGGAAAAAGAGCCAUUUACCGUUCCUGCAGUGUCACAGCCUGUCCAACAUAUGCUAAAGCCUUUCGUCAGGAACAAUGUGAAGCAAAAAAUGGAUUUCAGUCAGAUAUAAAAGGGAUCAAGACAUUCGUGGAGUGGGUUCCCAAAUAUGCAGGAGUUCUGCCUGCAGAUGUGUGCAAGCUGACAUGUCGAGCCAAAGGAACUGGUUACUAUGUGGUAUUUUCCCCAAAGGUGAAGGAUGGAACUGAAUGUAGACCAUACAGUAAUUCAAUAUGUGUCCAAGGGAAAUGUGUGAGAACUGGUUGUGACAACAUUAUUGGUUCAAAGCUCCAAUAUGAUAAGUGUGGUAUAUGUGGAGGAGAUAAUUCCAGCUGUACGAAGGUCAUGGGAACAUUUAACAAAAAAAGUAAGGGUUACACAGAUGUAGUGAGGAUACCUGAAGGCGCCACCCAUAUCAAAGUCCGACAAUUUAAGGCAAAAGACCAGAACAGAUUCACAGCUUAUUUAGCCCUGAAAAAGAAAAAUGGUGAGUAUUUGAUCAAUGGAAAGUAUAUGAUAUCUACAUCAGAGACUAUCAUUGACAUCAACGGGACUGUCAUGAACUACAGUGGUUGGAGCCACAAGGAUGACUUCUUGCAUGGGAUGGGAUAUUCAGCUACAAAAGAGAUACUCAUAGUUCAGAUUCUGGCAACAGACCCAAGCAAAACAGUAGAUGUCCGCUAUAGCUUCUUCGUUCCCAAAAAGUCAACAUUCAAAUCAAACUCAGUCAGUCAAAAUGGAAGCAGUAAAAUGGGAUCACAGACCUCACAGCUACAGUGGGUUACAGGGCCAUGGCUUUCCUGUUCUAGAACAUGUGACACAGGCUGGCACACCAGGACUGUGCAAUGCCAGGAUGGACACAAGAAAUUAGCAAAAGGAUGUCUACUGUCACAGAGGCCCUCAGCAUUCAAGCAAUGUUUGCUAAAAAAAUGCUAGAGUGUGUUUAUCAUUUUGUUUAGAAAAAUAAUUGGGCAAUGCAGCACUGGCAUACCUUGGAUGGAAAAUAUAAACUUUAUUGUAAUUGCUUUCAUGAUUCAAAUUAUGGGCAGAAUCUGCUUUUCAAACAUUGGACUAAAAAACAGUCUUGAAAAUUGUUAUAAGUCCUUUAAGCCUAAAAUGUUUAGAAAAAUGAAUGAAUGUAAGCUCAUAAGGUAUUUGAAGAGUACAAAACUAUUUCCCCUUUUAUUACCUACCUCUUAAAGAAUGCCUUUGAAGACAUAAUAAUUUUCAAUCAUGAUUUAUUUUUGCUGUUUGUAAAUACAUAAUUUUUAUAUAUCUUGAUUCUAUUAAAAAUAAUUCAUUCUAUAUGUAAAGUGAUUGACCAAAGUAGGUCUACAGCUGUUUUCAGUUUCACCAAAUUUCCAGAAAGAGCUGUGGAUAUUUUACUGGAAAAAUAAGCUUAUUGUUGCUAAUAGACAAUAUAUUUAAAAAAAAAACUAACACUAUGACACAAUGUAAUUUUAAAAAAUUCUUGAGCAGAGAUUAUCAGAAUAUCCUUAUCAACAUAUAUAAAGGGUUUCUUAUUUGAUAUGUUAGUACCUGUAUUUUUUAGGUUGCCAACCAACUGAUUAGAACAUAUUUUGUAUGUAUGUAUACUUAUAGAAUUUGGAUUUUUUAAAAACCUUCAAUGGGGGAGAGGUUAGGCUGAAAUUUAUCAUUUAGAAAAAAAUCAAAUAUUUUAUAAUAUUGCCAACUCUAUAUUCUUGACUGUUUUCUUGCGGUGGUUUGCAAGGGAAACCUAAAGUUUGAUGUGCCUAAAAGUAGCUAUUAGAGAAGCUAUAUUUUCCUUAAUAAGGAAAGACACCAACAAAUAGUAUUAUCUCUCUAUGUUAACACCUUUUAUCCUAAACUCUCUCUUAUCAGAAAAUAUGCAAUGUGCUUUUUGUCUAUUUCAUUUUGUUAAAAAAAACAAAACUAUGUUAUAUAAGGAAUUAAUGUAAGGAAUUACCUUACAUAUUUUGUUUUACUAAAACUAUUAGUUACUCAGAAAUUAACCACAUCUAGAUAUGGUUGCCAUUAAUGUUAGUAAGACUUUUUCUACAUAGAAAUUAAUAAUUUAUUUUUCUAAAGAGAGAAAUAAUUAGUAUUUCAAACACACUUCAAACACAAAUCAACAUAAAUGAAAAGCAUAUUGUUGUAAUACUGUUAUGUUAGGGAAAAAACUGUGAUAUUAACCAUAAAAAGCAGAUUUCUCUUCUCCCUAACCAAAUUUUGGUUACAUGAACUUAAAGUCUGAAAAUAUGUAGACUUUUAUUACUAAUGCCAAUUAGACCUUGUUAUAAUUUUUUUUAAAGAACUAUAGAUACCUAAAUUUGGAGAAAUUUCACAGUAUCCUUUUAUCUUGAUUUUAUAAUAGUUACAUAUAUCUGAUGUUAUAGUACUGAUAGAUAUGACAUAUUUUAUGGAAGUAUAACUUGGAUUUUUAUGCAUUGUGUUUGCAUAAAGUAAAGAAUUCUUAUAAUCCAUUGAUUUAAAUGGAUGUUCAGAAGUAUUUAACUUUGGAAAUACUUAAAAUUUGGCAUAAGGGAAACAAAACUUUUUAUUUGAUUUAGUUCAUUCAACAGCUAUCAAUCUAAUGACAAGUUUGCUUUCCUGACACAGACUGUGACUGCUGUGUUUAAAUUCCUUUUCAAUUUAUGUCUUUUCACUGAACAGUCUUUCUGUUUGUCCCAGUUGCUUAGAGUGUGUUGCUUCAUUUGCAUUGUAUUUUAGCAUAAUACCUGUUUUAUUAUUCUGGCAUCUCAGAGACCAACCAAUAUAAUGUCCAAUGCAUUUAUUCAAACCACAUUUCUUGAUUCCCUCUCAUGUGAUAUAAUCUCUUCACAUGAUUAAAACACAUUGUACAUGGUUGAGAAAAAAUUACUAAUUGAACUUGUUCACUUAUAUAACCCAAACUCACAUUUUAGCUAAUUGUUUUGAUACUUUGUAGAUAUAUCUGUAAUUCAUAAUUUUGCAUCAUUUGAUUUUGAUCCUGUUGAAGAUAGCUAUUGAGUUCAUCAUUGCAUGCAUAUGGUAGAAUCAAAAGAGGGUAACCUCUUUCAAUUCUCAGUCUGUGAUCCUAUAAACAUGCCUUAUUUUCAUUAUGCUUGAGCUUCAUUAGGCCUGAAAAAUUCUAGAGUUUUUGAAGCUCAGGGCUGCCUCCUCCUAACAGACCUGAGUUGAGUCAAAAUCAUUGCAUGCAUUCCUAUUUCUCUGUGAUGGAGCCAUAAAAUAUUGUAGAUAUAAAAAAAAAAUAAGUGGUGCUUUUUAUUUUCUUUCCGAAGAAGAUAUUCCUCUUAAAUAUUAAUAUACAGUGUUAGUAUUUAUUACUUUAAUGAAAUAGAGAGUUAAAAACAAACCACUAAAUCUAACUGCUAUAUUUAAAGAACCUUGUUUCUUUGGUCUAAGCAGUAUCCGUUUUUAUUAUUGAUGGAUAGGGGUAAAAUGACUCUAAAAAUGUAUGCACAAGGAUGAAAUGACUAAGAUUGAACAAUGCAAUUCAGAGAAAUGGACAUUUUCAUAUCUCUAAAGAAUAACAUGUAUAUUAGGGAAAAAGAAAGCAAUUUAAUCUUCUGAAGUCCUUUCCAGCCCUAGAUCUAUAGUCUUAUAGAUUUUGGAUUAUUUUUUGCUUAGAAUUAGGAGGCAGCAUGAUACAUUGGAAAAAGUACUGAGGCAGAAAACCUGGCUUCAAAUUCCUUAUUUGAUAGUUACAAUUUUAAAAAAUAAUUCUAUGUUUUAUUUUUAUAUUUUGUAAAAAUAGGAGGGUUUACUAGGGAUGACCUUUAAGGCAUCUUCCAAUUCUGAUUCUACUAUAAACAUGCUUUAGUUUCAUUAUGCCUCAAAAAUUCUAGGGUCCUUAAAGCUCAGGGCUGCUUCCUCCUAAUAAAUUUGAGGUAAGUUGAAAUGCUCAGGUUUGAUGAUAAUGAAAUUUCAUUCAUGAAAAUUUGUAAUGGCUAGAAUUUCUUUCCUUAUGAAGAAAAAAGGAUGAGAGAAAACAGUAAUAAUGGUUAAAUUUAAUUUUGCCUCCAUGUUUAAAAGUACUUGGUAGGACAGUUUUAGGGAUUUGGCAAAUUCAAGUCCCUUUACUCUUCUAGCAAAAUAAUUUUAUUCCACUUAAAAAUAAUGAUUCAAUAACAAAAAAUAAAAAAGAAAUAUUGCACUGAGAAAGAAUUUACUGUUUUGCACCUGGUAUGUGAACUUGUAUGAUGAAAUUAUUUAUUUUUAUUUAAUUAAAAAAUAUCAAUUUUGAAAAUUCUUAUAUAUAAUAU